GGGCUAUCGCUGCGAGGAGCCUGACUCACCUACGUAUUCUACUUUUCCUGUACAGAGUAAGCUCUUCGAAGGGAGUUUCCAGGCGAGACCGCGCAUUUAAGGGGUGGAGCACAGAUUGGGGGCACAGACUGGGGAUGCACCCGUGGGAUACGUGUAGAUGCAACCAUGUCCAACAACACCGUCCGUGCUGCCGUCGAGGAGGACGGCGAGGAGGUUCUACGUCUGUUACGGGAACUGGCGAGCCUUUCCAACAGUCAAUUUAGAAUGGACAUAGAUAGAUUCAGAAGAGAUGGCUUUGGAGAAGACAGAAAGUUCCAUUGUUUAGUCGUUGAUUCCCCGACGCAGACACGUCCAAAAGAGUUGAUCGCAGUCCUGGUGUAUAUCUGGUUUUACAGUACAUGGAUUGGACAAGUAUUAUAUAUAGAGGAUAUAUAUGUAGCUGACGGGUUCAGGAGGCAAGGAAUCGGGUCUGCACUUUUCUUGGAAGCAAUAAAGAUUGCAGAGGCCAAACACUGCCCCCGACUUCAGUGGAUGGGGAGAACUUGGAACCCUCCUGCACUACAGUUUUAUAAGAAAAUACAUGCACAGGAUAUGUAUGAAGAGAGAGGCUUCAAAGUGUUCCGGUUGACAAAGGGCGCGAUUAGAACUGCUGCUGAAAUUUUGGAGUCUUCAAAACAAUAACAAUAUGGCGUUUGUGUUUUUACACAGACAUGCAACAGGUUGUUUUGUUCUUGUUUGGGUUUUCGUAGCUGAGAUACCUUAAUGGGCUGGAGAGAUAUGGUAUUUAGACGGGUCUCCACAUCUUCCUAUAGGUUAUAUUACUGACUUGCUGGUCGAAGCGCCAUUGAACCCAACUCAGUCUUCAAAACAAUGACAAUAUGGCGGCGUUUGUGCUUUUAAACUAACAUCCUUAAGUUGUUUGUUCCUGUUAGUGUUUUUGUAGCUGAGAUACCAUAAUGGGGUUGAGAGAUAUGGUAUUUAGACGGGUUUCAUCGUGUUCAUAGGUGUUUUGCUUCACGAGUGGCCAAGUGGUCUAAACUGAUGGGAAAUCGCUAUUCAGAGUUGUUUUCCUUAGAUGUACCAGGAUACGCUGUCCAUGGCUCGAAUCCUAAAUUAGUUUUGAUUAUGAUUCUUGGUUUCUCUACCACUUCCCGGGAUCAUGGGUCUCGUCAAAGUUGUGCUCCCACUUGACACGACGUCAUAUUACUGACUUGCUGGUCGAAGCGGCAUUGAACCCAACUAUGUCCUGUGUUGUAUAUCAUCAGACUACUUGCCUCUUUGUCCUCACCACAUGAUGACGAAUUUGAACUCAGGUUAUCACCUCCAGAUGUGUCUACCCCACAGAACACCACACCAAAGACAGCAGUAAAUCGUUUAUAUACGCAUGGUGCUCAUGUAAUAAAGCAGGGACAUGUGUUAUCAAGCCCCGUCAUGCACCCAUACUGAGUGAGUGAGUGAGUCUGGUUUAACGCCGCUUUUAGCAAUAUUCCAGCAAUAUCACGGCGGAGGACACCAGAAAUGGGCCUCACACAUUGUACCCAUGUCGGGAAUCGAACCCAGGCCUUCGGCGUGACGAGCGAACGCUUUAACCACUAGGCUACCCGACCGCCCGCACCCAUACUGAGACCGGUAGUGGGUUCAUUCUGUUGAUACAAAACCCUGUCAGCUGCAUUGUUGAAGUGUAUUCUGAUGGUAGACACCUACCUGUUAAUGGGUUGUGUCAAAUAGUGAUCUUACAUUUGUUACACGUGACAGUUUUUAGUCCGAGAGAACAUAUUCAUAGACAAUGAGAUAAAUAAUGUAUUAGA